AUGACACUCUCAAUGGAUAUCACUUUUGCCGUUGGAGCAACUGUUAUUAUCACCAAUCAACUUUUCUCUGGAUUCUUUGUACGUACCGAUUCUCUUCCCAAAUCUUUCGGUUGGAUUCAUCACAUCGACUAUUCAUUCUACGCUUUCCGCGGAUUGUUGAUCAAUGAAUUCGAUUACAAAGAGCUACCAUGCAAUCCUCUGAACCCACUGGAAACGGUAGAAGGUCGUUGCCCGACAGGAACAGAGUUUCUCAUAAACUAUGAUAUAACCAAUGGAAACAAAUAUCAUGACCUCGGUCAUCUUUCGAUAUUCACUUUUUGGGAUGACCUCUCGUCAUCAUCUUCUGUCGAAACAACAAAACAACAACAACUGAGUAAUCAUCAUGGUGAUAUAAAUUUACUUUACGCUGUAACUCUUUACCCAUCUUUUGUUACCAAAUAA